GUUCGCCAACCGUCCGCCCUAAAAAACAUUUAGGGAUUAUUUAUUUUUAGCUCUGGCGUGUGUCCGCUGUAUCGGGGCCUGGCUGAUACAUCCAGAUGGUUUUGCUAAGGUGCAUGUUUACGGAUUCCUGGAGAUUGGAGAGAGCAACACCCAGCAUGUGUGGCGGCAGCAAAUCGUUCAUGAUAAAUCAACGGCAGAAGACUAUUUCCAAAUUUUGAUUCACAAAGGCUUCACGGUUUUGUCAAUCGCUAGUGUGUCUACACAUCAAGGCCCUAUUGGUUUGAAGGUCACCAGGAGGACGCAGCUCAUCUCCAGUGUGUUGUGGCUGUGACUUUCUGCUAACACUCACUGGGCUCCACUGUGCUCCAUGACGCCUCAUACGAGGUCAGACAGAGGACAGCAACCCCACUUCCCAUUCCCCUUUCGUAAAACCUCAACCCCCAUUGCUACAGCAGACCAGCUCAACGUUCCCAGAAUGCACCUCUCCAGCCGGCUGACCCCGGGGGUCGGCAGCUGUCAAUCAUGGCCUCAGCUGGCUCUGCAGCUUCUGGACAUAGACUGGAGGAUGUGAGGGAGGCCUCUGAGAGGAACCCUGGCUCUGCAUAUGGGAUCAUCUCUGUGCAUUCAUGGCGGGGUCAUGCCCAGGACAGGCUCGGAGGACAAGGGUUUAGGACCACAGGGAGCAGAGAGGGGAGCUGAUCGCUUUGUGGACAAGCUCAAGAUGGAAUCAAAUGGGGCUUAUGAGGCCUCUCAGCCCAAAUGGACCCCAUGUUUACACACUUGUCCAUCAGCUGAGCAGCGUGCAGCCUCAGGUAUCCAGAGAGAUGGUGAGAUGUCCCCAAAAGCAACCGUGCCGUGUCUGAACCCGACCAGCAGGAGGACGCCGCCAGAAAACUCCCCGGGACUGGAGCACGGCGGCACCGGCUCCUUUCUCUCCUGCGAUGAGCUGCACAAACCCUCGCACCUUCCUCCUCUUCCUCACCGCCUCAGCCUGCGCGGGGAUGUAUACGCCGCCUCCAUGGGGAGGUUUGGUGAUGCUGCGGCGGACUUUACGCACGGCGCUGCCCCGGCAAACCCAUCCGCCUCACCGUCCAAACACAGCAAGUUCUUGGACAGUAUAAACCAGGAUCAAAAGGGGACAGCGAUUAGCGGGAAACCGGCGUUUUACGAGAACAACUCAGAGGUCAGAGAGAAAGGAGCUCCAAAAACCAUGGGCUAUCCUGGGAUUGGCACAGACUGUUGUGGAAAGCUGAAAGAGCCAAGCGGCGGUUUACAGGGAGACUCUAUCGCUGACUCCAUCGACUUAUCGGGCAAGAACAAGAAGCGCCGCAACCGCACCACCUUCAGCACCUUUCAGCUGGAGGAGCUGGAGAAAGUCUUUCAGAAGACACACUACCCUGACGUGUAUGCCCGUGAGCAGCUGGCCCUGAGGACCGAGCUCACUGAAGCUCGGGUCCAGGUUUGGUUCCAGAAUCGUAGAGCCAAGUGGAGGAAACGGGAACGAUACGGGAAGAUUCAGGAGGUCCGCAACCACUUUGCUGCUACGUAUGAUAUCUCUCUUCUCCCUCGCCAUGAUACAUACCAGAUGCAGGGCAACCUGUGGCCAGGGGCGGUUUCAGGGGGAGGAGGCGGUGGUUCAGGUGCUGGUUGUGUCCUAGGAGACUCCAUCCCCUCGUCCUGCAUGAGUCCAUACCCUCACCCCCACAGCAACCUGCAGGGCUUCAUGGGCAUGCCUACGUCCCCCAGCCACCCACACCACCACCACCCGCCUCACCAUCCGGGCAUCAACGGUCUCUACUCGCUCCACAGCUUCCCAGGAGGCCUCGGUUCCCCCUCCAUCGAGGGGCCUGAGACCGAAUACAAGCCAACGGGCCUGGUCGCGCUGCGGAUGAAAGCCAAAGAGCCAGGCAGCAUCCUCUCCUGGCCUACAUGACCACAACAGUGCCAGCUCCCCCAUUAUGCACUGACUGAGCCAAAGCAUAUUACAUUCCUGACCCAUACACAAUCCCAGAUGUAGGCUACAAACCCACCUCAGCAUAUGACUCAAAUAUUUCCUCUUAACAUUUAUCUAAGCCAACUUGGAGAUUUUUCAAAAUUCAGAAGAUCUUGGAAUAGGAAAUUCAUGAACAUUGAGGGCAAUUUGAGCCUCUUGCACGAAAACCCAGUGUAUUCAUGGGAACUUUCCAUGUUUUAGUUUGAUAUCGCAUUGCUGAGACCAAAGAGGAAAAAUUAUUUAAGCAUGUAAAAAAUGUAAUUAUCGUAUUAAUCAUUGUUUUAUGUCUGUUGUGCUUUUUAGUGUGACCAGUAAUAAAGGCCUCCAUCUAUA